AUGUCAACAUUGAGAUGUAAGGACAGAAGUUCAACACUGAGAUGUAAGGACAGAAGUUCAACAUCGAGAUGUAAGGACAGAAGUUCAACACUGAGAUGUAAGGACAGAAGUUCAACACUGAGAUGUAAGGACAGAAGGUCAACAUCGAGAUGUAAGGACAGAAUGUCAACACUGAGAUGUAAGGACAGAAGUUCAACACUGAGAUGUAAGGACAGAAGGUCAACAUCGAGAUGUAAGGACAGAAUGUCAACACUGAGAUGUAAGGACAGAAGUUCAACACUGAGAUGUAAGGACAGAAUGUCAACAUUGAGAUGUAAGGACAGAAUGUCAACACUGAGAUGUAAGGACAGAAUGUCAACACUGAGAUGUAAGGACAGAAGUUCAACACUGAGAUGUAAGGACAGAAUGUCAACAUUGAGAUGUAAGGACAGAAGUUCAACACUGAGAUGUAAGGACAAAAGUUCAACAUCGAGAUGUAAGGACAGAAGGUCACUUGUGAUUAAACAUGAGCAUUAA